UACCAGUGAGUCACUGUAUAACCGCUCAAAGAAAUCCCCUUUACAACUGAUGGCUGUAGCAUCUUCUUAUUCAAUGUCAGAUACACUGAGGAAAGUUCCACACCAUCUCACACAUGUAGCGUAAAAACACACUUAGACUGAUGAAGCGGAAAAAAAAUAUUUUUCAUAAGUAUUAUGGUAUUAUUUAUAUCAAUUUAAUUAAAGUUACCAAAAUCAUGCUUCAAAAUUCGCACAAAUUGAAUGUGGAAUGGAAUUCACAGACAUUGCUCGUGACUGCAAAUGGUCACAGUGUUCAUUUGACACCAUGAGUGUUUAAUCAGUACACAAACACUCCUGUGGUCAAAACGAAACAAAAACUUGCUGUAAAGGGGUUACUUUUUGUAAGUGAUUAAAGUGUAAGUCCUACUCUAGAACUAACUGCCUGGGUGUGCACUGGGAGUCUGGGUUAGAGCAAAACAGGAGCAGAGAACAAGGGGGAGGAAGCACUCUUAGUAAUUAUCAGAAUAAUCAUUAACUACAUCCACAGACCUCGGAGGAGAGCAGCUUUGGUUAAAGCAUCCUGUUUAAAGUGGCUGACUGGAAGGAAAUUCCCUCUUUGGUUGGCAAGCUGGACGUCUGUCACGAGAGACAGCCAGAACGUUAGCCGCUUGCUCUAGUAGGAAUUGACCGUUGGCAUAUGAUUUUCUCUGCUCGAAACCCCGGUGGGCUCCGGGAACUCGAGCGGAAGUGAUCUUACGGCUGGGUGUCGAAGCCAACAUUAGCAUCUGCUGGGUCCUCUGGGCAGCGAUUUUCUGGUUGCUAGCAAACACUGUUGCCACAAAUACAGUUGAGGCACACGUGAAUUAUGUGCCGGCAUUCGCACAGAGAUCAACAUGUCCUCAUGCAAUCGUAACAUCUGUGUAUUGGCAUGGCCUGGUGAGUGAGUAAUGACCAGGUCAGAAUAAUACUUAUGUGUAUUUGUCUGUUUGUCAGUCUGUUUAGAGGGAGCCAUGCUAAAUAGAUGAUAGAUCUUUUAUUGAUCCCGAGGGACCUUAAGUAGGACCUUAAAUAUGAUUUUAUUUCAAUGUAAAAAAUAAAAAAGAUUCAGAUCCAAAAAUCUUCGCCGAAAAAAAUCUGAAAACCAGCUACACCUGGAUGAGGGGCCUGAAAGAGGUUUGCAGUUGGACCCUUCUCGGAGAAGUGAGAUUGUUCGAUUGCAUUCAGGUUCAAUUGCCUUACCUGUCCUUGGUAUCCCGGAUGUUGCAAUCAGAAUUCCUUCGGCUGGAAUUUUUCUUCGGCUAGAGUUUUUACUUUUUGAAUAUGAGCGACCUGAAUGUCGGAACCUUGAAUUUUUUUUAUAUAAUAUCAUCAAAACCAACAUUCGGUGGUGUUAAAAUUAAGUGUUCAAUACCUCUUGAAAUUAAAGACAUUGUCACUGAUUUGCUCCCAUGGUUCCAUAGCUCUCCUCUCACAUGCACAGUGUCUCUGACAGGAACUGUUCUGACCAGAAUUCUCUUGUGGCAUUUUCACUCUCUUUUUUUGGGGGGGCCUUGUACGUGCAACUUGCUUUUUGUGUGCGUGAGAAAGUGAGUGCUCUGUCUUCUAGUUUUGAACCGAAGCCAAACAACCAAGCACGCACAGACAGAGACCCAGCCCUCGAGGCUGUUGAGAAUCGGAUAGAUAUGAAUGGUGACUGAGCAGCAAUUCCCUUGGAUUUUCAUACUGGACAGCAAUCCAACUGCAGGUGGCAGUCUCUGCCCCUCCCAUGCCUAGCCUCCCCUCGCAUGGAAGGGGGAGCUAGUGGAGGAGGAGAGAGAGAGGGAGAGAGUGAACGAAAGAGAAAGGACAGGAAAAGCUUGGGACUCGUGAAGAAAAUGAGCAGAGGCUUUGCGUCCGUCCUGUUACUGCAGUCCAUUCAUGCCAUUCCGUGUUCAGAGAACAGUUGUGAGGAGUUCCAGUGCAUCUGUCCCCAGAUGUUCCAGCCUGCGUAGCUGUGCAGGGAGCCAAGCUUAAGCUGUUUGUGAGGAAGAGACAUCAACAUGCCUCCUUGACUGCCGGUACACCCUCCGUUUGUCCAAAUACCCCUACUUCAGCAUAUCCAAUCAGUUAAGAUGUAGUCUGGUUGGUUGCCGUGGAGAUGUCUCUUAGCAGGACCUCCCCUUGGCUCCGCCCACCUGUUUUGUUGCAGUGCCUGUUGGGAACGCUGUGGACUCUGCUCCUCCCCUUCCCCGUCACUCCGACGACAGGCCCCACCCCUGCCCCGCCCUCCAACAGCACCCUGCUCUUUGACACCGGUGCCCCCGGCAACAGCCUGCGCAACUGCAGCUGCUCAACCGCCAUCCAAGACUGCAGCGAGGCUCUGGCCAACCUGCAGUGCGACUGCCACACGGUCCAGCGCUCAGCACUGCCCCCCGGAGGCCUGAGGGUGACGGGGGGCCUGACCGUGUGGGUGCGCCAGCCCUGGGUCCUCCAGGAGCUGCUGAACGGGAGCGAGGUGUCCGACCUGCGCCUGUCCUCUUGUGGCCCUGGGCCCCUGCUCUCGCAGCACCUGGCUGUGUUCGGCCUCCGGAGGCUGAGGGUCCACAGCUCUGCCCAGGGGGCGCCACACCGCGACCAGGGGCUGAGCCUCGCCUCCGGAGCCGGGGUAGACGUCGGGGGGUCCUUCUCCUCAGCUGAUCCCCCGCCCCCCUCCUCCGUGCUCCAGGUGUCCAUUGUGGAUGUGGCGGUGCUGAACGGGCUCUCAGCCCUGAAGGCGUACAGCGUGGCUGGGCCCACCCUGUCCAGCCUCUCCCAGCAUCUCCCUUUCCUGUCCCUGCCUCCACCCCCUUCCACCCCAAACCACCCCCUACCCUCAGACCCACAGCAUAAAUGGGUCCUCACCUUCAUUUACUAAAGCGUCUGGAACUAUCGUUUUGUUCACCAUCUGCGGAAAAUCGAACAAUCUGGAAGACACUGUUGUGCUGGAACCAUGUUGCAAGGUGAGCUUGGUUGGUGUAAAGCUAAUAAUGCCUUCUGGAUCAUCCCAACCGUGCCGAUUGAAAAUCUACUGUAUCAAUCCAUGCUAACAAUGUAAAGAGACAGAGACAAGGACUACUUUUGUUUGCAUCUCUUAGAACCGACUAAAUGUUCCUGGGACAUCUUUUAGAAUUUGAUCAAAUGCCGACCAAAUGGUAUUCCAUCUGCUCUUUUCUUUCCGCACUUAUCGAGUGCAGAUGGUCUAUUAAACAUGUUGUUAUGAAACAGGUUCGGACGGCUGUGUUACGAAUGGGAUUGUGCUCGGAGAAUCUUUUUGGAAUCUGGCAGCAGAUUCCUAUUCUCUUGGAUCAAGUCAGAUUCAAAUGCUCUUCACUUGAUAUGGAAUGUUGUGCCCCCUACUUCGAGCUGGACUUGGUAGGACACUUAUGUGAGACUAAGAAGAUCUAUGUGGAUCUCAACUGGUUCGAUCUGGAAACUUGUAAUCAUGUCGGGGUGUUAAAUAUAAUGUCAGCCUGGUUUUGAUGUUCUAGAUUGUAUUUUUUUCUGGAUUUCCCAGAAGUUGGAUUUGUAUAUGGGAGAAUUGACAGGGAUAUUCUGCUUAUACUCUUUAACAGUCCACUCUGUUUCUAAUUGUACAAUUGGAAGAAUGUUCUAAAACUACUGUAGCUAAGCACUUAAAUCAGAUGACAGAAGAGUUGGGAUAAGUACAGACUAGCAUGCAAAGAGGUGUUGGGAGCACAGAGAGAAGCCUUCACUGAUCUCCUAACAGACACUGUGGGUUCAGUCUGGUCUGUAUUUCCAGCUCCUAUCCUGAGAGAGAAUAGACAUCAUUAAUCUGAAACUGCUCUCACAAACAAGGACUGCAGCCAACACUUCUGUUCUGCAGAUCCUUCAAUAAAGGAGCUGCGUAUAUAUGUGCGUGCUUUCACAAGUUUGUGUAUGCGUUUAGUGUAUACUGAAUAUGCACGGUGUCAGUAUUAUUGGUGUGUGUGUGCACGCGUGUAUGUACAUAUUUGUCCAUGUCAAUCUGUGUCUGUUUGUCCAUGGGAAUGCAUGUAUAACAAUGUCCAUUCAUGUGUGCGUGCACAUGACUAAUUUUGCAUUAUUUACUUUGGUAGCAUAAAUGCUUCUGCUUAUUACUGCUCUGUGGUGGCAUUGACUGCUAUUUUCUGGCACUGUCGACACUUUUCGCAUAUGCCGUCCUAACCAUGUGUCCACUAAUGACCGUGGAUGUUUGUAUCUUUGAUGCUGUCUAAAGCUCUGCCUGCCUUGUUUGGUUUGGCCAAAUGUUGGCAUUAUUCAACUCCAUCUUGGUAACGGACUAUAGUGCUUAUAAGCACACACUAUUGACAACAACGUAGCAAAGUAUAAACAUUUGACUUUUACAACAGCAACAAAAUAAAAGAUACCUCACCACGUACCAGCUGAGACUGCAUCCGGAACAUUCCACCAAGACCAAAUCAUUGGGGAGGAGAGUUUCACAUGCUCUAAUGUUAGCCUUUACGGUUUUGGAGAGUGAGACCUUUUAAAUGUCCAACAACGUUUUUCAUGUUCCCCUCUCACCUGAUUUUGGAAAUGUUCACCUAGGGUUAAUUUUAAGACUGUUUGCUGUCUAUGUAGUUGUAUAAAUUAUUUAGAUUUUAUGAUGUGUUUGAUGAGUGACUCGUCCGCUAUGUGAUCAAGACAAAAGUAGCCUAUAUUUGAAAAGGUUUGGUACGUUUGAUUUGUAUAUAAUUUGGUUUGUGCAGACAGAUCAUUAUAUCCCGAAUAAAGGAACUUGUACGUCAAA